AGAGAGAUGGUGGUUUUGUCGAUCGCGAAUUUCACUUCUCGACGUCUCGAUUUCCCGCGUAAAUGUCCACGUGGUUAACUUGUUAUGAUAUCUAAAAUACUAUUAAACUUUCAAAUUACAUGUGUUAUAAAAUGCAUACGUGGAUGGUUGUAUCAGCAAACAAAAACUCAUGAUUGUGUUGUGUAAUUCUAAUGGUUGUCUUCGUUUUGUGGAAAAACAUCAUCGACAAACACAUGCUUUCACCGUCGAUGAAGGCGGCCUGCUGGCUGACGACGUUUUUAAGCGUUUUUGUCACUGGUGAAAUGCCGAUCCAAGCAGAAGUGGAACCAGAAUUUUUGCAAGCUCUGGAAAAUCACACGGUAACACAGGGACGCGAGGUCCACUUUACUUGUGUGGUCAAUCAUCUUUCCAAUUAUAGGGUUGCGUGGAUAAAAUCGGACUCCAAAGCGAUACUUGCAAUCCACACUAACAUGAUAGCACUAAACCCUCGGCUGUCAGUCACAUACAAUAACCACAACACUUGGAAGUUGCAUGUCAGUAACGUCCAAGCAAACGACUCUGGCACUUACAUGUGCCAAGUCAAUACAGACCCUAUGAAGAGUCAGAUGGGUCAUCUAUCAGUAGUGAUCCCCCCAGACAUCGUGGACAGUGUCACAGAGGGUAGCUCCGCGAGAGAAGGGGGUAGCGUUCGGUUGACUUGCAGCGCAACCGGAGUACCCCCUCCCACUGUUAUGUGGCGAAGAGAACACAACAGACCAAUCGUCUUCAGGCACGAAGGCGGCAGAGAGAGAAAAGUGGUGGAAAGUCACAAAGGCGAGGGCCUCGAGUUGUUCCACGUACAAAGGAAUGACAUGGGCGCGUACUACUGCAUCGCUAGCAACGGCAUUCCCCCCACCGUGAGCCGACGAUAUCACGUGCAAGUGCAUUUUAUCCCUCAAGUAAAAGUAACGAAUCAACUCGUUGGGGCUCCUAUUGGCAGUGAUGUGGAACUGCAGUGCUACAUAGAAGCCUCUCCUAAAGCCAUGAACUCCUGGUCACGUGAGGACUCGCUAGUGAGCGACAAAUUGCUGGAAAAUCCAAAAUUCCGCAUCACGGAAACGGCGGUGAACGAGUAUUCUUUAUGGAUGAACCUCACGAUAAAGUCGCUUGCACCGGGCGAUUAUGGUACCUACGUGUGCGCCUCUGUCAAUGCACUGGGGAAGAUGGAGAGCCAAGUCAGCUUACACAGACUAGAGCUUAGUAUGAACGGCUUCGCGGACGAGCCCAUGGUGUCAGGCGCAGCGUGGCAGCGAGCGAGGAACCUCCCAACACGCAGUCGCCCCAUCGCCUCACACGCCCACCAGUACCUCACGCAACACCUCCCACCACAACUCUACGCGUUGUUGUUAACAACACUGCAGUAUGUGCACACUUUUUAAUUUGUCAGGACUAUUUUCAUUAUCCAACCAUACAUGUUAAGGUCAUAGCUCAAUAGAGCCACUUGGCACCAACCCUCAUAGUCUAAUUUUGUAACAUCUUGCGAGCGAGGCCUACUUGCAACCCUACGACAUUGAUGUAGUUUGCCCAGUAUUUUUCCCGGGCAUAAAACAGUGGGGUGUUAUAAUUUUUACACGACUUUCCUUUUAUGUACACAAAAUUCAUUAACAAAGAAUUUAACAAAACUUAAAAUUUUAAUUGUAGACACCGUCAUUUUACAUCAGGUAAUAGUUGUCAAGGGCACAGCUGCCAUAUUCACCAAUUUUAGUACAUAAAAUCAAUAACAACUGCAUUAAUUGUGUUCCUUAUAGCCCAUUGUUAACGAAAAUCACAACGUCAUACACACUAGUUAGUAAUUUUGAUCAGUUAGCUUAGCUUAGCUUAGCUAUAAAUUUAUAUUGAAUACGAAAUCACGUGACUCAAUAACUAGUUGAUAAAUUACGUGUGUACCUAUCCAUUAAAGUUACUCAAAGUUAGUGAAUAGCCAGCUAGGGCUUAUGACUUAGUAUUUUCAAUCGUUGCAAUAAAGAUGUGAUGCAGGUAAGUAGCGGAUACAUAUGUUCCUAAAAAUAUAAAGAAAACUAAACGCAAGAGGCGGUGUUGGUUGGGUGCUAAGUUGCUCUAAUACGUUAUGACCCUUAUUACACGAUUAUUGCGUAAACAUAAUGGAAUUGUAUAGCAAAAUUCAUCCUUUGUUAUUCAUUAUAAACUAAAAUGUCAUUCAAAGAUAAUAAUUAUGAUGUACCCAAUAUGUUAGAAUUAUGCGAUCUCAUUAAAUAUUGUCUCUGUUGUCAUCAAAAUCAUUAUCAAUAUGUUUAAUCAUAAGUAAAUUAUUAUUUACUUAUGAUUAAACAUAUUGAUAAUGAUUGUUGAACUGUUUAUAAUAAAUGAAAUAAUUGUUAUGUAAAUACUAAAUAAUCCUCAUUACUGCCAGAUAAGUUUACGAGAACAGUUAUACAGUUUUUCAAUUCGUUAUUAUUUUUGAAAAUUUUAAAUUUAUACUAUUACUACUAGUUAUUACCAAAGAUUUACUUGAUAUGUUAUUCAUACGUUACUCAUGCUUUGACAUCUACGAGUAGGCGAUAACCUCACAUUUUUUGAUACUUUCUAAGAGAUAUCAUGUGGAAUACUGUCUUCAGUUCUCAGAUACUUAAUUUCAUGGCAAUUUGCUAGAAUCCGUAAGUUUGAUCUUUACCAAAGUUUUUUAAGUGUUGGCAAUAAGUAAUUUGACGGCCUCCGUGGCGCAGUGGUAUGCGCGGUGGAAUUUACAACACGGAGGUUCUGGGUUCGAUCCCCGGUUGGGCAGAUUGAGAUUUUCUUAAUUUGUCCAGGUCUGGCUGGUGGGAGGCUUCGGCCGUGGCUAGUUACCUCCCUACCGGCAAAGACGUACCGCCAAGCGAUUUAGCGUUCCGGUACGAUGCCGUGUAGAAACCGAAAGGGGUGUGGAUUUUCAUCCUCCUCCUAACAAGUUAGCCCGCUUCCAUCUUAGACUGCAUCAUCACUUACCAUCAGGUGAGAUUGUAGUCAAGGACUAACUUGUAAAGAAUAAAAAAAAAAGUGGCUGUCGACUAGGGACAUGAGUAAAAUAAAGAAAAUACGCAUUAUGCGUGGAUGGUCAAGGAUCCAAAGUCCAUAAUUGGCUACCGUACUUACCUAUAUUGGGUAACUUAUGGCAACUUUCAGCAUUCAUAAAAUCAUACAUAAAUGAUAUCAGGCUAUCAUAGGCUCCUUAUCCAUAUCCAUGGUCCAUCAAUGAGUCAUCAGAGAUGCAUGAGUAACUGUAGCUAUUUCAUUCGCAAAAGAGCAUUGGCUCAAUAAGAAAACUUUGAGAAUUCUCAGUUCCUUUAAACUAAUUAAUUGAUGUGCAAUAUUAAUUAUAUUUGUUGUUUGUGCCUCCUUCUGUUUGUAACAAUAUUUAAUGUAAAUAUUUACUUAUAGUUAUAAUAAAUGGUCUAACGUAUAACCUAAAAUAUAGAUUUUCCAUCCAACAUACAUAAAGUACGAGUUUUUACGUGUUAAGUGUAACUUUCUAGUGAGAUGUAUAUUCACUUUAAACUAUUAAAAUAGUGUUUUAACGAAGUAUUCAAUACAGAUUAGUAUACUCUUAAGUCCACUUAGACACUGUAAAAUUCAACUUCAAUAUAUAAAGACGGACACAUGCGAUAUACAAGACAGUACAAGCUCCUUAUUCAUGCUUCCUUUAUUCGCGUUUUAACGGAUUGUUAUAGAAGUUAUUCGCGGAUUAAAAAAUUGCAACUCAGUUUUUAUAUUCGCGGACCUGAUUGCUAAAAAUGACGUUAAAUCUACAUAUUCAAUCUUAAAGUUUUAAUUUUAAAGUUGCAAAUAUUGCUGGAAUUACGAAUGGAAUAAGUCGUCGCAUAUUGUAAUAACGUGAAGGUUUAAUGGAAUGGCAAACGAUUGUUGUGAGUUCUUUAGGAUCCAUCUGUGUGACGAACUUUAUUUCUUUUAAGGGGGAAAAAGAGAUACUAACCACUGUCAAACAAAAAGAUGAUACAAAUUCUUAAGCCAGAAUAAAUAACUAAUUUAAUAUUGCAAGAAAUUAAAUUUUUGUUUUGCCGUUUAAGUAUCCCCUGUAAUUCCAUAUUCCAUUCCAUAAUCGCAGCACAUUUACUUACCCCACGAAUGAAGAGCUUUUACUCUAUACGGAAAAACUAAUUCAGAGCUAUCUAAGCUAUACGGUUCUUGGGAAGUUCUCUGAAACUCCUCUCGGAGUGUGACAGUUUUAUCGUAAUGAUAUCUUGAUGUAGUGUGUGCUCGCCGUCAGAACUUUCUGGUUGUUUCAGAACUUGACUCGAAAUCUUGUGCUAAUAAAUAUGUUACGUUGACUUUGACAAUAAAUGUGUAAUUUACAAACUGGUGUAAAGUUAAAAAAUAAAAUUUUAAAAUGUGA